CGGCCAGGCGCCUAUAAAUCCUACCACUCGUAGUUCAAGAAUUUCCACAAAACUCCAGUCGAGUAAACAUCAUUAAUGGCGGUUUCAACUACCUCAGUUGAUUUCUCGGUGACUCGCCGGGAGCCGGAUCUGGUGGCGCCGGCGAAACCCACGCCACGGGAGCUGAAGCCGCUCUCCGACCUAGACGACCAAGAAGGCCUUCGAUUUCAUGUUCCCACAAUAAUGUUUUACGAGAACAGUCCGUCGGCAAUAGGAGAUCCGGCGAAGGUGAUUAGGGAAGCUCUGGCGGCGGCGUUGGUGUUUUACUACCCACUCGCCGGCAGGCUCGUGGAAGGGCCUAACCGAAAGCUCAUGGUGGACUGCACCAGCGAGGGGGUUCUGUUCAUCGAGGCCGACGCCGACGUCACCCUCGACGAGCUCGGCGACGACAUAAUGCCGCCGUGUACCAACUUGGAGGACCUUCUGUAUAAUGUGCCUGGCUCGGAUGGCAUCGUUGGUUGCCCUCUGCUCUUGUUUCAGGUCACGCGUCUAAGAUGCGGUGGGUUUAUUCUAGCUGUGCGCCUAAACCACACAAUGAGUGAUGGAUUCGGACUGACCCAAUUUUUAAGUGCAAUCGGCGAGAUGGCAAGAGGCACACCUGCACCCUCUACGUUGCCUGUUUGGCACCGUCACCUCUUUAAUGCCCGACACCCACCUCGAAUCACAUGCACUCAUCAUGAAUACAUUAAUCCUCCAACGGUGAUUGAACCUAAAACCAUGCUACCAAUGAACACCGAGGUUCAAAAGUCCUUCUUUUUUGGGCCCAACGAGCUAGCAUCCCUCCGAAGACAACUCCCGGCCCAUCUCCAAGCUUCUUCCACGUUUGAGAUUGUCACUGCCUGCCUUUGUAGAUGUCGUACUGCUGCGCUCCAACUUCACCCACGAGAGGAAGUUCGCAUUUCAUGCAUUGUGAGUGUGCGUGGAAAAGGUAUGAUGCGUCUACCUAGUGGCUUUUAUGGUAAUACAUUUGGAUGGCCGGCGCAAGUUUCUAAGGCACAGUUGCUGUGUAGAAACCCAUUGGGGUAUGCAAUAGAGUUAGUCCGAAUGGCCAAGGCACAAAUGAGUGAAGAGUACAUAAAAUCUGUGGCUGAUCUCACCGUCAUUAGGGGCCGACCUAUGUUCAUAGAUACAUGGAACUUCGUUGUCUCUGACAAUACGGCUACAGGGUUCGACAAGGUGGAUUUUGGGUGGGGGAAGCCAAUUCUUGGUGGGCCUGCAACAGCAGUGUCUAUUAUAAGCUUUUAUUCGCGAUUUAAGAAUAAAAAGGGCGAGGAUGGGAUUGUGGUGCCAAUAAGCUUGCCACAACCAGUCAUGAAGAGGUUUACAGAGGAAAUAAGGAAAAUGACUCAAAAUCAACCUUUCGAAGGUUCAUGUAAUGUGCUUCCCACCAUUGUCUCUACACUUUAAGUAGGACACACUUUGUAGAAAAGUUUAUAAUUAAACAAUAGACUUGAAUUGUCCUUGCUAUAUGUGUUCUGCUCAAAUCCUAGAUGGGGUAAGAAAGGAUAUGAUAUGAGAGACUUACUCCCCCAUUGAGCUUAUCUAACUAAAAGAAUGUAGUUAAUAAUAAAUGCAUACUUUUAUUA